CUUAGCUUGAUGCAAGAUUAUUUCCCCAUUUCUUCUCAGAUGGUAGCAUUGCUCGCAACGUGCUUCCUUCGACGUCGUAAGAUCCAGUGGUGCUGAACCUUGACAUUCGCUCGUUCUUCCCUACUCCACAAUUUCCUCUCCAACUAUUAGUGAAUUGCCGCUCCAAGUCCCAUUUCGGUCGUCGUAGCAAAUUCUGGUCUCACCCGAAAUCAACGGCACGCCACCAUGUGUCAGCACACGGAGAACUCCAUGGAAGCGGGGUCCCCGUUUGCACUCAUCUCGCACAUCGACGGUCUCGAUUCUCACAUCGCGUGCUCGUGCUCCCCUUCGUCAUCCUCGUCAUCCUCGUCAUGCUCGUUCUCGCGGCGCCAGUGCAAGUGCGACGAUUGCAUCGCUGACUCCGCCGCGUGCGGCGGCUGCGGCAGCGUCGAAUCCAGUCCUUCUGGGAGCCCUUCCUGCUGCUCCACGUCAUCGCGCGCCACGACGCACGCGUCCACGUCACCAUGCAUCUCCCUGGGCGACAUCGAGCAGCGCGGCCGCCUGUACAGCGCAACGAGCGGAAUCCAUCUCCCCGAGCCGACCACGCCCCUCCUCCCCGCCCCUCUCCUCUUCUUCGACGCUGGCACGCUGCUUCCCCCCGUUCUUACCCGCGGGAGUUUCACCACCGCUUCCGCUUCCGCGACGGAUUCCGCCGGCUCCGCGAGUGCCGUUUCCUCGCCCCCCGCGCGGGGCUGCGGCGCGCGGGGGUCCUGCAGAAUGAUGAGCGACGGGGAGAGCAGCAGCGGGUGCUGUAGCAACGGCAUCGUGGUGAGCAGCGACGGUCGAGAUUCCGGCGCGGUGGCCGCGUGUCGAGCCACGUCUUUCAGACGGAUAGUGGGGUUCUGUAUAAAGGAGGACGGAUGCGGCUGCUCCAGAAACGGCGGACACAUUGAGGCGCCAACAGACUGGGAAGGGGGGCACCCGACUCGUGAUGCGCGGGGAAGCACGGGGGGCCAUUAUGGGAACGACACGUUUUCUGGAAGAAACGAACGAGCGGAAGAUGCGCGGCUCACUGCCCCCAGAGAAAGCGCGCCGACCGCGGAGGCGCGACUUGCGGAGGAGCCAGCGCUGGCGGAGCAGGUUCCGCGCGAGAGACGCCGGGCAGUGAGUGCGCGGGACGCAGGCGAGCAAGUGAAAGCGGAGCGGCUGAAGGCGAAGGGGGAGUUGACGCCGCAGCACGAGCAGAUUCGGCAGCAGGCGCGGGCGGAGCAGCGAGGGGGCACGGGCGAGGCAACCCCUGCGCGGCGGUGCGUGAGCGAGGAGGGAGGGGGGCGCAAGGCGCGAGAGGAGAGCUGCUUGAGCGGGAGACAUGGCGACGGCGCAUUGCGAAGAGACGCAAAACGAACGUCCAGGAUGAGACACUGACGGCAGGUCGAGUCUACUAGACUCUAGAGCACCUCCUGUGAAAGCCUCCACGAGUCAUUAUGGGAAAGCCGCACCUCGCACAUUCCGGUGCUGAGCGGUUUGCCAUGAGGGUGUGGUGCAAUUCGUGCAGUGGGGCCCAAAGGUACCCCGCUACAAAACCUCACGAUGCUGUGGUGUUCGGAUGUUUUCUUAUAAUCGAUUGCACUUCUAU